GUUUCCGUUCUCCACGAAACCUCGUGCUUUCUGAAAAAAAUAAACAACUACUUUUGAAGACUUUCAAUAAUAUCUUUAAAGAAAAACUUUUCAGUCGCAUUUAGUACACUAUUUAUUCAGCAUAGAAAUCUUAAUUGACAAAAAUGGUGUUUUUUACCUGUAAUGGUUGUGGUGAAGCUUUAAAAAAAAAUCAAGUUGAGAAACAUCGAUUCAAGUGCCGCGGCAGCAAUGUUUUAUCAUGCGUGGACUGUAGUAAAGACUUCCGUGGGAACGAAUACCAAACUCAUAUAAAAUGUAUUUCGGAGGAAGAGAAAUAUUCUGGAAAGGGUUUUAAGCCGAAACCGGGUCUUAAUAAAGGAGAAAAAAAACAACAAAGUUGGACAGAGCGAGUUCAACAAGCAGCUGCAAAAGAGCAAGAUAGGCAAUUAUCUGAAUUGUUAAAUAAGAUAGCUGACUGCGCUAACGUUCCAAGAAAAGAAAAGAAAUUUGUGAAUUUCUUAAAAAAUUCUUGGAAGAUUCACAAGGAUUUUAUUAUCCAAGCUGCGUGGAAGGCGAUAAAUGAGUCUCCAGUUGAAGAAACUCUGGAAGAACCUGCACCUGUAGAAAAGCAAGAAGUUGAAGAUAAAGAGAAAAAACUAUCUAAACGGGAAAAGAAAGAACUUCGCAAAGAGGAGAAUCAUAAGAUUGAGAAAAAAGAUAAAUCCAAAACAGAUAAAGAAGAAUGUGAAUCAUUAAACGAGGAAGAGGUUGAGAAAAAAGUUAAGAAUAAGAAGAAAAAAAGAAAGAAUAAAAAGGAUAAAGAAGAAAAAUCUGCCGAGCUGGAACAAGAAGAGGAUUCUGACGAGCCGAAGAGAAAGAAAAUAUCCAACGAAGAAACAGAAGAAGAACAAUCCAGUGUGGAAAAAAAGAAAAAGAAAAGGAAGAAGAAUAGGAAAACUGAAGUUGAGGAAAAUGGUACAAAUAAUCUAAAUGGUCAUUCUGAAGAGAAGGAGGAAGAAAAAAGUGAUAAAACAAAGUUCAACAUAGAAAAAAUGAUUGUUACCAUAUUAAAAAAGCAAAAAGAAAAGACGCUAUCUCAAAAACUACUUAGGAAAAAGAUUAUUCAUGAAUACGAAACUAGAAUGAGUAAGACUAUGAGCGAAAAAUUGAAAUUGAAACUUACAAAGAAGCUGAAUGAUAAAAGUGUUUUUAAAAUAUCUAAUGAUAAAGUUUGUUUACGUAAAUAGUUAUUAAAAUAGCUCUAGUUAUUAAAUUAUGAAGAAGAAGACAAAUUUAAGUUUGUUAAUUAAGUUUUAAUAUAUAUUUUUUUAACAUCUUGUUCAUAUAACUCUCAUUAACAUAAUUCAAUAAAAACAUAACCAUUUCAAUCAUAUAACAAUACGCAAUUCUAUCAUAAAGCUGACGUUGGGCUGCUCUCGUUAAAGAUUUCACAAUCAGAACGACAACCUUACGAACAUAAUCUUAGGGUAUUGGUCUAAAAUUUUCGUCCAAGAGCACAUAUGUGAUAAAGUACCUCUCAAGAGGAGAGUAACAGAUGUUAACUAGCUAAUAGAUUUUUACAUUACAACAACAACGUUUACUGUUUGUAAGAAAUUAGUGAAAAGUUGUUUGAUUAUGAAAAAUUUAUAUAUUCAAUAUUUCCUUUUUAUUUACAAAAUUUUUUUAUCAUUAUUGUUUCAGUUUCAUCAGGGAAAAUCUGGAGAUAUAUAUUUUAUAAAGUAUACAUUAUAUUUUGCAUAUUGAUUGUAUUACGUCCAUUUAUCGUCAAGGGGCUGUAUACAAAUAGGGCAUGAAUUAGCCACUCUACGCCAUUUAUCUAUGCACUUAGUGUGAAAUAUAUGAUUACAAAGAAGCUGAACUGAUAGAACUUUGACGUUUCUUUCGCAACAGAUACAACAAUCCAUAUUCUCUAUAGGUUCAGCUGUAUGGAGAUUUUUAUAAAUAAGUAUUCCAAGAGUUCGCCUACAUCUUCUAAGUUUCAUUUCAGUAUACUCAAAAGUUUUGGCGACGUCUAUCAAAAGUUCAGGAUUUUCUCUUCCUUUAUCAAGAGAUUUAAUAUAGUCGUAUCCCAAAAUGGGCAUAAUAGUUAUCAUAUCCUUUUUACAUAUAUUCUCGAUUUUAUAUUUCCCGAGUACUGCCUUUAGUGCAAUCAUCUUUCUUUCUUCAAUAUUCCAUGGUAAAUAAACUCGAAAUUGUUCAUAAAGUUGGCAAACAUUAUAAAUUGUUUGUAAAGCUAUCUUCAUUUGAUAUUCUUUCUUAAGAAGUACUAUUAUAAAGGGUAGAACAAAACAAUAUACAAAUUGGCAUAGUAUUAUUGAUGAACAAGAUAAUCUUCCAUAAGAAGGAUAAUAACUAUAAUCAAUGGGCAGAUAAGAGAUAUUGAAAAACAAUAAAAUAGUUAAUACAACACAAAAGGAAAGAAAAUUCUCGCCAUAUCUUACU